AAUCGACCGCCAGAAAUGCAAUAAAUACGGGGAACUCGAGUCGUUUGCGUUUGAUUGUGGCGUUGAUCUAGGCAAUGGAAUUGUGCUGUUGAUAGUUGUGAAUAUAUAUAUAUAUUUUUUCAAUUUUACUGACGUUUAACUUAUCCUCAUUGUUUCUGUUGUGUAACUCGUGUGUCUUUUAAAAAUGUUUGCAACUCGUUCACCACUCGUCAAGAAAGAUGAAAACGCUAUCACCACUCAAAUGGACAACAUUUCACUCGUUGACAAGGAAAACACGCCUCCCAGCCUGAACAUGACCCGGAUUCUGGCCUCGAAAACCGCGCGCAAAAUCUUUGCAGAUUCUGAGCCUAAAGAUGUAAAGAAAUUCAAUGCUGAAGAAGAGCCACUCCUGAAGGAAAAUCCACGCCGGUUUGUCAUUUUCCCUAUCAAGUAUCAUGACAUCUGGCAGAUGUAUAAGAAGGCAGAAGCUUCUUUCUGGACUGCAGAGGAGGUUGAUCUGUCCAAAGAUACACAACACUGGGAGUCUCUGAAGGAAGAGGAGAGAUACUUCAUCUCUCACAUACUGGCUUUCUUCGCUGCUAGUGAUGGCAUUGUCAACGAGAACCUGGUGGAGCGCUUUACACAGGAAGUCCAGGUGACAGAAGCAAGAUGCUUCUAUGGUUUCCAGAUCGCCAUGGAGAACAUCCACUCUGAGAUGUACAGCCUGCUCAUUGACACCUACAUCAAAGACCCCAAAGAGAGGGACUACCUCUUCAAUGCCAUUGAAACCCUCCCUUGUGUGAAGAGGAAGGCGGAUUGGGCCCUGAACUGGAUCGGCAACAAAAGUGCCAGAUUUGGUGAGCGUGUGGUUGCCUUUGCAGCUGUUGAGGGGAUAUUUUUUUCUGGCUCCUUUGCUGCCAUUUUCUGGCUAAAGAAGAGGGGGCUCAUGCCUGGCCUAACCUUCUCCAAUGAGCUCAUCAGCAGAGACGAGGGCCUGCACUGUGACUUCGCCUGCCUCAUGUUCAAGCACCUGGUGAAUAAGCCCUCAAAGGAGACUGUCACUAAUCUGAUCAGGAAUGCAGUGGAGAUUGAGCAGGAGUUCCUGACAAAAGCCCUGCCUGUAAAGCUGAUUGGUAUGAACUGUGACUUGAUGACUCAGUACAUUGAGUUUGUCGCUGACAGGCUGAUGCUGGAACUGGGCUUUGACAAGAUCUACAGAGUGGAGAAUCCAUUUGACUUCAUGGAGAACAUUUCACUGGAGGGCAAGACUAACUUCUUUGAGAAGCGGGUAGGGGAGUACCAGAGGAUGGGUGUGAUGUCUGGCACCACAGACAAUGCCUUCCGGCUGGAUGCUGACUUCUAAAGCUCUGCUAAGCUCUUGAGACAUUGACACUUUCAACACUUGAAGAGGACAUGGGCCUAGCUACAUGUUACUGGACCACCUCAUUGUAGCUCCUCAUCCAUUCCUAAGAAUGGUUCUCAAAUGGCUCACUAUAUAUUGCAUAGCUUUUGACCAGAGCUCCCAUGGGUCCUGGUUUUGGGAGGCAGACUAAGUCUUAAUUGCUGGGUCCACAGACAUCACCAUGCACAUUACCAUUCUCAACCCACAUCUCUCCAGUGUCUGGUUUUAUGAUGUGUUUGUAUAGUAGCUUUUUUAAUUGUUUUUAUCUAGGUUUCUAUUUUGUAAUAAAUGUACAAAUUCAUCAUAUGCAGCGGCUAUUUUUAUAAUAAUUUUAGCCUAGUGUUUUCUUUUUCAAGUUUACAGAUGGUAAUACUGAAGAGUCAACUCUUGGAAUUAAAGUUAAAUUCAGCUGA